AGUGCGGGCUGCGGCGCGUGGCAGGAAGCGGAAGCGGAAGGGCAGGGGGCGGCCCGGCUCAGUCCUGACGUGUCCAUCCCGGGCAGCCGCCGCAGCGCUCCGCGCUCCUGUCCCCGGCCGCCAUGGGGAUAAAAUUUCUUGAAGUAAUCAAGCCCUUCUGUGUUAUUCUGCCUGAAAUCCAGAAGCCAGAACGGAAGAUUCAGUUUAAGGAAAAGGUACUAUGGACAGCUAUCACACUCUUCAUCUUCUUAGUAUGUUGUCAGAUUCCCUUAUUUGGCAUAAUGUCAUCAGACUCAGCAGAUCCAUUCUACUGGAUGAGAGUGAUUCUGGCUUCUAAUAGAGGUACGUUGAUGGAGCUGGGCAUUUCCCCUAUUGUCACUUCUGGGCUCAUCAUGCAGCUCUUGGCCGGUGCCAAGAUCAUUGAAGUUGGCGACACCCCAAAGGACAGAGCUCUAUUCAACGGGGCACAGAAGUUGUUUGGAAUGAUCAUUACCAUCGGGCAGUCAAUAGUCUAUGUGAUGACUGGGAUGUAUGGAGACCCGUCUGAGAUGGGCGCCGGUAUCUGCCUGCUUAUCACAAUUCAGCUUUUUGUUGCUGGAUUGAUAGUUCUGCUCUUGGAUGAGCUCCUGCAGAAAGGAUAUGGUCUCGGUUCUGGCAUCUCUCUCUUCAUUGCUACCAACAUCUGUGAGACUAUUGUGUGGAAGGCGUUCAGCCCCACCACGGUGAACACAGGACGAGGCAUGGAAUUUGAGGGUGCUAUCAUUGCUCUGUUUCAUCUUCUGGCUACUCGUACAGACAAAGUCAGAGCUCUUCGUGAGGCCUUUUACCGUCAGAAUCUCCCUAACCUCAUGAAUCUGAUUGCCACCAUCUUCGUGUUUGCAAUUGUAAUUUAUUUCCAGGGUUUCAGAGUGGAUCUUCCUAUUAAAUCUGCUCGCUACCGUGGCCAGUACAACACCUACCCAAUCAAGCUGUUCUAUACUUCAAACAUUCCCAUUAUUCUUCAGUCUGCCCUGGUGUCAAACUUGUACGUCAUCUCCCAGAUGCUUUCUGCACGCUUCAGUGGGAACUUACUGGUUAGCCUGCUGGGCACUUGGUCUGACACCUCAGCUGGAGGCCCUGCUCGUGCUUAUCCUGUUGGUGGACUUUGUUAUUAUCUGUCACCUCCAGAAUCCUUUUCUUCAGUGUUAGAAGACCCUGUCCAUGCAGUUGUUUAUAUUGUGUUUAUGCUGGGUUCCUGUGCUUUCUUCUCUAAAACAUGGAUUGAAGUCUCUGGCUCGUCUGCCAAAGAUGUUGCCAAACAGUUGAAAGAACAGCAAAUGGUAAUGCGAGGCCACAGAGAAACUUCAAUGGUACAUGAACUGAACAGGUACAUUCCUACAGCUGCUGCAUUUGGUGGCCUCUGUAUUGGUGCCCUCUCUGUGUUGGCAGACUUCCUUGGGGCAAUCGGGUCUGGAACUGGGAUCCUGCUGGCUGUCACCAUCAUUUAUCAGUACUUUGAGAUAUUUGUAAAGGAACAGAGUGAAGUUGGCAGUAUGGGAGCUCUUCUUUUCUAAACCUAGCUUCUCAUGGACCCAGGAGAGAAGGGAACAGCACUCUCUAAAGUAUCCAGAUGCAAAGAAGUAACGUAAACUUGAGAAUGUCAUUCCAUAGGAACACAUCUUUUAAUAAUGUUUCCGAAGCGCAUUUCCUUAUGUUCAAACUUUUCUAGCAUACUGUUUGCAUUUUAUAAAUUACUGAGGAAAAAUGUGCACAAUUUUUUUAAUGAAAAUUGUUUCUUAAUUAUGUGUUAGGAAAAUCAGCUUUCUGAAUUGGAUUUAGUUCAACAACUCCUGGAUUUUUUUUAUCCCCUCUAAAAAUUAGUAAACCUGAAACCUUUACAGGUUUUAAUAACUGUGGGUAGGGUUGAAUGUUUGGAAGGGUUUUUUUUCCCAUUUUAUUUUUUUUUUUGCAGCUCCAUUGCAGCAGUAGUGAGGAAAAACCUCUCCCCCUAAUGCUUGAGUUCCGUAACUACAAUUGUAAGCACAAACAGCGUUUAAUAUGUUCAGUUUUGUGAUGUAUUUUUGUUCAAAUAUGGCAGAUUUGGGAGGCAGUUGCUUCUUUUCACUCUAAAUAGCAACUCUAAUUCCAGAAGUCUUGCAAUUACUGAGCUGGACCUUGACAGAUCUCAAAUAUUGUCUUGAGGCUUGUCAAGCUUUGGUAAGAGAAUGUGUUCUUUCCCAUCACUCUUGUCUGUAAGCAGAAAACUCAGGUCAGUUGAGACUGUGCCAGCAUCUGUGCCUCAGGAAUGGCACCUUUUGAAACUUGGUAGUAUGGCAGAUUUGUAAAAACCUUGUAGUUAGGGCUCCUUGCCAUUAGCUCUAGCACUUCUAGUUCUGAUGCUAACUGAAAGAAAUACGUGUUAUGGAAACUCAGAUGCAAAUCUGCUUGCAUCCUUUUCUGAAGGUAGGUUUCAUCAAUUUUAAAAAUUCUGGUUGUACAGUUGUCAGGAUGUUACCUGAUUAUAUCUACAUAUCUGGUGAAUUUUGAGUCAUGCUCAUGCAAAGGAGUGUGAAGAGAACGUCUUUUUUGCCUAGAAUUCUUGUAUUUAGUUGUAGAUAUGAGACCCUUGUCAAGUAACUCUUAGAGUCACGCAGAGGAGGCUUUUCCAUCAUACAACUGUGUUGACCUGAAUGGUGCACUGAAAAGUACUUCUACAGAAGGUAUUGGGACCCCUUUUUUGCUACCAUCAUAUCUCCAAAAUGGAGAAGUUGACAGUAAAAGACUUAAUUUUCCAUUUAAAUUGUCAGCACUAAUUAGGUGCCUAGGACCAAAUGCCAAUCUCUGUGUACGGGUCUUGUAAAUCUUGCCAGUGUUGGACAACAUGGGAGCCAGACUUAGAAGUCGUGAUGUUGGGAUUUGUGUGCAGUUGUGCGUGUUGUGCCAGCAGUGAGUGCUUUACUGCUGCUGCUCAGAGUGGUGGGACUCUUACAUUCCCGAGAAGCACAGAUGACGUCCAGAAGCCCUUGAUAAUGUAUUGAGCUCAAAUACCAAAUGCAUGAGAAUUCUGCAGACUCAGAAUGAAAUACACCUGUCUGUAAGAGUGAAGGCCUCGGGGAAAGGAUCACAAUGGGGAAAAUGAACGAGAGGAUUGGGAUAAAGCAUCUGAAAUGCUCACUGCCAGCUGUUCACUGUUGACUCACACUACUUUCUGUCACUUUCCUGUCUGUUUUUUUAUAAAGUACAGGCAUGCCGUGGUGUGAUUUUGAUGUGAAAUCAGGGACAGUUAAAAGUGGCUGACUGGAAAGGGAGGGAGUAUGGUGUGGUUCUUUUUCUUUUGGAAUUUUUUUAGUUGGUUUUCCAAGAAGUCCAAUGUGAUUUUUUUCCUUUUUUUAUUUGUAAUAAAAAGGACUCAACUUCUACAUGUGCAGUUCUGGCUGGGCUGGAGCUGGACGUGUAUUUUUGACCAUAUCAUCCGUUUUCACUGGUUGCUGUUUAGGCCAUCAGCUCCUGAGUGUCCGAGCAGCACUCGUUCUAUGCAUCUGUACUUUUGUUGUCCAGUGCUGGAGUCUUUGUUAUUGAGCAGCUGUGUCCUGGGAGCGGGACCUGCUGCUCAUACAGUGGGUGUUCACAGAACAAUGCCUAAACAAUCUGCUUUAUAAUGAAAUAAAGUACAUCUUUGGAGCUAA